CCCUCUCUCUUCCCCUUCAAAAACCCUAGCGGCCAUUGAAAAAAGCCAAACCCUCCAAACCUUACCAUGCUCCCGCACUCGUACGCCGUCGAUUCCCAUUCCAAAUCCCAAGACCUCGCCUGCACCAUCCUCGCCUCCUCCGCCCCGCACCAGAUCUCCUCCACCUGCGCCUCCAUCGAGUCUUUCCUGCACUCCCUCUCACCCGACCAAUCCCGCCACUUCUUCUCCCUCACUUUCCCAACCCUCAUCUGCAAGAUCUUCGGCUUCGAGGAUGCAACGUCAUCACCGCCGCCUCUGCCACAACCAACUUCACAGCAACAACCCUCGCCCUCCUCCCCUUCCUCCUCACCCAACGGCUGGAUUGAUACCGUCCUAGCGUCCAACGACGUAGAUUUAGCCAACAGGCUCUUCGCCCUCCUCGCCCCCAACAGCCUCCUCUUCAACGCAAUAUCCGCCGUUGAUCGCCUCUCCCUCGUCAAAUACGUGUUCCCUAUUGAACGGUUGCCGGAAUGGGUCCGAUUCAUGCUCUCGUCGGAAAAUGAUAGCCGGGUAUUAUCCGAUUUAGCCCCAAUUUUCAAAAAUAGGGUUAAGGAAGACUCAAUUAAACCCAAUUUCUAUCAACUCCAGCUCAAUGUCUUUGAAUAUUACAUGUUUUGGUUCGCUUAUUACCCUGUUUGUCGGGGAAAUGGCGAAAAUUUUGAUGUUGUUUCUAUAAAAAGGAACAAAAGGUUUAAAUUUGAGAAUUGGGUUUCAUCAAUUUCUGGUUUUUCAAGCACUAGGCGCGGGGCGGAGGUUAAAAUUGAAUGCAACUUAUAUAUUAGGUUUUUGUAUGCAUAUCUUCGUGCUUUUGUUGGUGGAACUGAUUUGAAUCAGCAACUGCCACACCGUAGUUCGCUUUUGCAUUACUCAUCGGGAUAUGAUAGCUCGGUCAUAGCUCAGGCAGAGUUUUUUGUUAAUGCUUUGGUGAACUUCUGGUUGGUUGAUAAUGAUUUUUCACCGCUACCUGUUAAUCUGUGUAAGUCAUCUGGCGUUUCAUUCCCAUUCCGAUCAGCUUUGGGCGAGACCCCACCAACCCCCGGGUUAGGAGAGGUGGUGAAGUUGUCUGUGAAGUACUUGAAUUUGGGUUUGGUCGUGCAUAGAGAUGGAAAUGAGGAUAUGGAAAACUAUGGGAGUCCGAGGUGGAGAGUGCCGGGUUCAUUUGAUGCCUUCAAGUUGAGGGAUGUAGUGGCGGUUUCACCAGGUAUCGGAUCUUGGAACUUGCUGAUACAGAGGCCGCUGUACCGGUUUAUAUUGAGGACAUUCUUGUUUUGUCCAGUGGGGGCUUCGAUUAAAAAUAUAUCAGAGGUGUUUUCGGUUUGGAUUACCUAUAUUGAACCUUGGGAUAUUAGUUUGGAUGACUUUUCAGAUCUUGAUACUGUUUUGGACGGAUCAACUAAGAACGGGAGAAAGGAUAGCCCGCAGCCUCAAGACCGUUGCUUUACAUCUUCUUGGCAGGGUUAUGUGCUGGCCAACUACUUGUAUUACAGUUCCUUGGUUAUGCAUUUUAUUGGGUUUGCCCACAAGUUUCUUCACACUGAUCCAGAAAUAAUUGUCCAGAUGGUAUUGAAGAUCCUAACUAUAUUGACAUCAUCCAAAGAACUCAUGGACCUUUUAAAGAUGGUGGAUGCUGCUUUUCAUUCCAAACAAGCAGGAUCAGGAAAAUCGAUGCGUAAUAGGUUAUAUAGAUUUGUCACUCCAAUUCGCGAACAGCUCCAGGACUGGGAGGAUGGCUUAUCUGAGAGUGAUGCAGAUGGGUCUUUCUUGCAUGAGAAUUGGAAUAAAGAUUUACGAUUGUUCAGUGAUGGAGAAGAUGGCGGGCAACAGUUGCUUCAGUUGUUCAUAUUACGCGCAGAAGCUGAGUUGCUAGCUGUUUCUGGUGAUAAUGGUGCGCACAACCUUCAGUGCAUAGACUCUUUGAAAGCUCAGGUGAGCUAUGUAUUUGGUGGGCAUACUGUAAAGGUACUGUCAUUUUCUCCUGAACCAAAACAGCCUCCGCAACCCCGUGAUGAAAUAUUCAAGCCCAAGAGAGUUGGCAACCACACUCUGGCUGAUGUCAAAUACAAGGGUGACUGGAUGAAGCGCCCCAUCUCUGAUGAUGAGGUUGCUUGGAUGGCGAGAUUACUUGUUGAGUUUUCCGGUUGGAUAAAUGAGCGUCUUGGACUAAACCAGUCGGAGAGCAGCCAAGCAGACCCUUCAUAUGUGGAAGUGUCGAGCGAUGUUGUGGGCAAUGUGUUUGGACUGACGGAUACGAUGAAGGCAGUGUUGGGUGCAGUAGGUUCUUGGCUUGUGAUGUUGGGGGUGGCAGUGGUGAAGCUAAUGAGGAAACAUGGAUUGAGGGUGAAUCUGAGGAUGUUGGCGUCAAAGAAGGUUGUAAUGGUUUUGCUUUUGUCUGCUGUGUAUACUAUAUUGAAGAAAGCUUUUGGAAUGUACCAAAGGGUGUAGAUUAGGGGUUAGAACAAGGAUGUUGAAAACAGAGCUUUGCUUACCUGCACAUUAACGGUUGAGAUUUAAUUAAAUCUCAAUUAGUUAAAUAUUAACUGUUCACUCGUGAGAAAAAAGUGCGAGGGAGAAUUUCCAGCAAAAAACAAAGGAAAAAGGUGUAUAGAAAGGGAAAAGGAACAGGGGUUUUUGUCCUGUGUGCA